AUGGAGUUGUUGUGGCUUUAUAUUAUGUUCGGAGCAGUUUUAAAACGUUCAGUAGGAGUUUCCUACAAUAAACAAGAGAAGUCCAAUUCAAGUUUUGCCUGCUACACAGAGGCUUUCAAGAAUGAUACUUUAAAACCUAAAGCCAUUAAAUUGUUCCUUCCAAAGAAAAAUUUGAAAGUCAUUUGUCAUUUGUAUGACAUCAAUAAGGAGGACACCAAGGAGAACAGAAGGAAGAACCUACUUCUCUAUACUUCAGCAGGACUUGCUCCCAGCAUACAGAUCUUCAACAGUACCUACUCAAAAGUCUUCUACUUCAAAAUGACUUUGGGAGCAGAUGUGGAUUCGUGGUCAAUUGAUAUCCCCCGAGAAGAGAUUACAUAUAAUACAGAUAUUGCUCCAAUAGAAGAAUGGUUUGUAAAAUUCAAUAUGCAUCAUGGAUUAAAUAUGUUCACUACUGAAGGAACCUUAUUGGAUAUAAUGCGAGAGCCUAUUCUUCAGUGGACUUUUAAACUUGGUGUUUUAGUGGAUAUUACAGAUACAAUACCACAAAUAAUAAAUAUUACAAUAGCGAAGAGUCCUUGUGCAAGCGAUGCAGCGGUAAUGGGUCUGAUUUAUGAAGCAAAAGUUACAGGAAUAAUUAUAGGAGUCACUAACAAUGGAUUUAUGGGUCGAGAUACAAUGUGGUAUAACCUGACAGACACAGUUUGUAAAGCUCUAGAAGAUGAUUGCAUUGGUCUUGCACUUGUGGAUAUCAUUUUAAUAAAUACUCGUUUAGUAAUGCUUACUACUCUGGGGUUAUUUAUUAGUGAAGAUCUGCGUUAUCCGACUGGAGAAAUGCUGCAGUUCGCCAAACCAGUCUUAUGUGGCUUUGAAAUGGAUGAUUAUUUCAGGGCAAAUAUAUGGUAUAACACCCAAUGUCUAGCUAACAAAGAAGACUAUGAAGUGGACUAUAUUAGUCUCUCAUUCAACAAGGAGAAGACAUUAAGCCAGGAAUCUACGUGUUUCUAUAGCAAUGAUUCAUUUACAAAAUGGCACAGUUGCUUGCCUCACAGAAGUCAAGCUGAAAAGCAAGUUUCUAGACGUGUCGUUUCUUUUAUGAUUGAUUAUGAACAGAACACUGGCAUCGCUGUUUUAUCGCAACAGAAUAGGGGAUUGGUAUCCGUGCAUAAGUUAACGGACAAUAAAAUGAAUAAAAAAAGAAAAUUUCCAGCCUUCUGGUUUCCUGAUCCAACCUUUGUGCCAUUUGGAAUGUUUUUCCACCCAAGCAGUCAUUUUCUCUAUGUUUUCGGAAAUCAGGUGUGGGUUUCUUUUGAUGGAGGCAGUGAUUUUUUAAGAAUGAUUAAACUAGAGAAUGAAACUAUUACAGAAGUAGACAUGUGUGUUUACACCCAAGCUAUUGUAUUUAUGACUGACAAGGGGAACAUUUUCUAUACCAAGGCAGGUUUACAAAAAUAUGCACAUCUUAUAACUGUAACUACAAGAGGAUAUAUCUUCACCAUGUACUUUGACCACCUUGGAACUUUAAAACAUGUUAUGCUGAAUGAAACAUCUGAAGAUAAACUAGCAGUUACUGAGAUGGAUGUGAAAACUUUAUUGAAGGAGGAUGACUUAGGUUUUAAUGGUGCUUUGGCUGCACAGUACAUCACUGAAGACCAAAUGAUCCUUUUAAACCAUGUGUCAUUGGCCCCAGGAGUAGCUGAUGCAACAUUCAGUCAUCUGCAUGUAGGGAAAGCAUUAGUAUAUGGGCCUGGUGGAUCAGGUACAAUCACGAAGGUUUUAAGUCAAAAGAUUCCUCCACAAUUUGUAUCAUGUAUCCUUGUAGAUAUUUUGGAUCGGUUUCCGGCUGAAUCAAAGGCUAACAGCCCUUCUAUAUCAAAUACUUUAACCAUUUUGGCUCCAGCAGCUGGCACUAUUGAAUAUAGGCUUCAACUUACAACUGCAGGUACAGAUGUAUUUGCAGCAUCAGAUGUUGAGAAAACAGUGGUGAUUCCAGGCUCUAGCAGUUUCUUUAUUACUGAGUUUGUAAAUGGCCUCAAUGCUUUGGGACAUGCCACUAUGCCUAAUCGAGUACAUUUAAAUGCACAUAUUCCACCUGGGCAAUGGUUUUUGUAUGACUUUGGCACCAGGAAUGGAAGAAAAUGGAAAAUUACUGUUGACACGUGUAGAUAUACCAUUCAACAGUUUGAUGACCUACCACUUAAUGCAAUUGAAUACUUAGAUCUUGGGUCAAAACUUCAAUAUACUUUCAGAGUAACUCCAGUUAAUGUAGCCUAUCAGGUGUUUCAUUUGGAAGUGAUGAACAUAAUAGUUGGAAGGCCUUCUCUACUGGACGUAAAUGCAGAAGAUUACUGGGAUGACAAUUAUAGUUAUAUAAUCGAUAUCAAUGUUCAUAGUAAAUUUUUUGAAAAGGGUAAAACCACCAUAGCUGUGGUUAUUACGUAUGCAUCUCUUCUUUGUGAUGUCACAACUAUUGUCUUAACACUGAAGAAUGCCUGCUCUUAUCUUAAAACAAUGCACUACGUUCUGCCUGUUCAAAUCUCUGUGAAAGACUGGCUAUCUGAAGAGCCUGUUGCACAGCAAAACGAUUCAUUCAUUUCCAGAAUUUUAAAGACACUGCCGGUGAACUACAGACCACCAUCUGAAUUAGGAAUUGCUGUUCCACUCACAGAAAACUUUUAUAAUGCUGACCCUAGCAAACCUAGAAUGAGAGAUUAUUUCGCAGGAUCAAAAGCUACUGGACAGUACAAGCAAUGUGCUAACAAGUCAACACGCUCUGAAUGUAGAUGUACAAAAAAUAUGAAGUUGUCAUUUUCAGUUGCCUUUUCAGAUUGCAAGGAGAAGGCUCUGCGGAUGAAAUUUCCAGUAACAAAACUUGGUCUCUUUUUCACUGUUGAGGAUGAGGGUCAUUCUCGAAACCUGACAUCUCCUUAUUUUAUCACAAUAACAGAAGUCAACAACAGAACAAAAUGGAAAAUUUCAGGUUCCAAUUCAACAUCAAGUACAUUAAAAAUAAAAAAAUAUUUGCAGUCUAAGCUCAAAACCCAGCUAUAUAGUCCAGAUGGCUUGAGUAUAACCAUAACUGGAUCUGAGCUUUUCCAUUUCAGGGUAUCUACUAUUCCUGGAGUCUCCUUUUGUAACUUAUUUGAUGAAUUUCAGAUUUAUGUUGAUGAUUCUCCAUUGGCUUUUCCAACACAAUAUCUUAUCAGUUCAUUUACAGCUGUAUUAAUAGGAGGUAUUAUUUUUGUGGCAUUUAUUCUGCAAGUGUAUGAAAUUCAGAUAGGAAGCAUUUUGAAAGGGAAACUAAAAACAAACAAAGUGGCAUCAAAAUCCUCGUUUACUACAGAUUCAGCAGCUUCGAAUGAAAUUAAUUGA